UCGAACGCGUCAAAAGCCUCCGCCACGGAUAGAAUCUACAUUUUUUUGCUCCCAAACGGCGCCAGGUUGGAUACUGCGGGCCAAGUUACGGUGUUGGUUGCUGCGGCAUUAUUUAGAUCGCGUCUGAUUGGAUCAUCUUCGGUUGCGAGAUGUUUCUGUGCAAAACGAAACCGACCGACAAGUGGCUGGACGCGCAGUGUGACGGGACUGCCGCAUUGCACACGCUUCCCUCAUGCAUGACGCUGUGCGAUCUGAAGAACGACAACUACUACCAGCUGGUGACGGUGGAUGUGCCAAUGUUUGAUUUCGACGCAAAGCCCAAGCUGAAGGUGUACAAGGGCACGAACCUGAUCAGCGAGCAGCAUCUGCCGGGGAUUCCGAGCGCCGUCGAGAGCCUGUACAUCAACGACCAGGAACCGCGCAUACCAAUUAUUGCAGUUGCCGUGGAGUCAUCGGUACUGUUCUAUCGGAACAUGAAGCCCUACUACAAGUACACCGUACCGAGCAUGACGAUCGAGCCGCUCGAGAUUGACGUGUGGAAGAAGCUGCCGAUCGAGCGGGGCGAUGCGCUCGACGCACUGAUCGACAGUUUGCGCUCGAUCGAACCGUCCCAGAUGACGCUCCAGACGCAGGAGCUGCUCAGUCUGUCCGAGAGUGAGCGCGGCGGGUACAUCCGCUCCAACGCGGACCGCAAGCUGGAACGGCUCUCCAUCAUCACCACGAUGACCACGAUCAAGAAAGCUUCGAAUGAGGCUAAAUCUCCCUCCUGCUUGAUACUGGCAACCGAGUCCGGUGAGCUGCUGGUGCUCGACUCGCAAGCGUUCGUUGUGCUCGCACAGGCAAAGGUUGGUCCGUUCCGUGGGACACCGAGCAUGAUCUCCGCCAGUGGCCAGUACGAUAUCGACUAUCGUGUCGUGAUAGCGACACGGGAAGGUGCUCUUUAUCUACUCCGCAAAGGAUGGCUGGCGGGGCAGCAUAUCGUGAAGCUGGAGGAUCCUGCCGCCGGCCUCUCCCUGCUACCGAUCGAUCAAACCAUUGUGGUCGUUUGCAUGAACCAAUCGCUGCUGUGCUACUCCAAGAAGGGCAAAAAGCUAUGGGCGGUAAAGCUGCCCCAGCCAGCCGUCUGCAUGACACCGGUCUGUCUGCCCCAUCUCGGCAUAAACCUCGUGUGCGUCUGUCUGAAGGGCGGUCUGGUACAGUUCUACAGCCAGAAAAAGCUGGUCGAUCAGUUUUAUGCGCCCGAAUCGGUGUCAGCUCUUACUUUCGGAAGGCUGGGGCAGGAGGAGCACGUCCUCAUCCUCGUCACCAUCGAUGGUUCGCUCAUUGUUAAGAUCCUCAAGCGAACGGCCGAAUUUGUCACGACCGAGAACAUGUACGACGUGAAGACAGCAAGCGACGAACCGCCGGGAAAUUUGCAGAUUCCGAAGAAAACUAAAAUCUUCGUGGAGCAAACGCUGCGCGAGAAGGAACAUGCGGCCACCAUACACAACUCCUUCCAGUCGGAGCUGUGGCGUAUGCGGCUCACCACGGCCCGCGCGACCGUGGACGUGAUCAACUCGGCCGAUAGUAACGUGUCGACGGUGGACGUUGGGUUGGCGCCGCUCAAGCUGGCCGCGGAGGUGCUUGGUUUGGGACCGACCUUUAAGCUGUUUCUGAUGCUGGAGAACAUUUCCACGCGCAAGGAAGCGACGGGCCUGAACGUGCUGAUACAGGCCGACCAUCGCCACUAUCUGGUGGAGCGACCGUUCGUGCAGCUGCCGAUGCUUGUGCCGGGAUACCCACUGCGGCUGGACUUUCGUGUGACCGUCAGCGUCGAUCCGUCGGAUGGGUUGCCGCCGGUGGACUUGACGCCGGAAAACUCGCACAUUAAGGUGUUGGUGUUCAAAAGCGGACAGACUAAGCCGUUGAUUGCUUCAACCGUUGUGAUGCCUCAACCGGAGCCACAAGUUUUGAACUCUUUCUAGGACGAACCGCAUCAAAGCACGUCAAACGUUUGAAAGAACUGAAAGUAAAAGUAGAGAGAUGUUGUUCA